AUGGGAUCGCAAUUUGAGUGGCGCGUAGAGCGCGUAGACUCGGAUGAGUUUAGGUCAUCCCGAACGGACAUCUCAGAUCGCCUGGACUCCGGCGAAUUCUCCUCCGCCGUCACGGUGCGCGCUGGUAGCGAUGAGUACACAUUAACCACGGCGCGGCCUACGCUAUCCGAAAGCUACUCGUCGCUACCUCCCGAUGGGUCUGUCUCAGAUCUUCGUUCAGAGUCGAUUUCUUCCCGUAAGUAUGCCAAGAGCGAGGACUCAGACAGCUCGGUGGUGGAUCAUGACAUCGCAAUGCCCGGCCAACCGCCUGCCUUCUUCGACGGGAGCAGGCGGCGCCAGCCUCCCAGUAAGAUAAUUAUAACGCUAGGCGUCCGUGACGUGCUUGGGUACCCGGUCCUGCGGCUGUCGCGGUACGUAGCUGUAAUGCAGCACAAGAAGUCGGUGGUCGACCACAGCGCUUCGUCAAACGGCGUUUACCGGAAUCUGUUCUACAUAAGCAGCUGGUUUGCGUUCACUUCGCCGACGGGCUUCACUUUAACAGCUGAAUUGGUGAAGUCGGUCUGGCGCCGCCAUGGUAUUUGGGGUUUCUUCCAUGGUUUCCCGGCUUACGCGUGCCACAAAUUGCUGUGCGAUCUGGCGACCUUCAUCGUUCCACGUUACAUCGCCCCGCAGUUGGAAGCUGGAGCUCUAGGAGCCUACAAAAGCGUCUUCACGUUCGGCCACGGCUCGCUGUCGCAUCUGCGCGAUCGGUAUGCUGGAGUUUGGCGAAGUUCGUCGGUGGAAAGCGGCUACGAGUCCGACAACUCGCAGCCGUCCACUUGGAAUAUGAACCCCAUUACCGGUUUUCUGAGUCGCAACAUAGAGUUCGAUGCGUACGAAUUCUCUCAGCAUGCUCUUGUAGAGUUGCUCACGUACCCCAUGCUGACCGUUUCUUCGCGUGCGAUGAUAUACGACGUGGCCGCCCCAAUGAAUUCGAUCUCGCUUGUUAAGGACUCAAUAGCACACGAAGGCGCGUUGUCGCUGUACCGCGGUUUCUUUUGGAGGCUGUUGGCGCUUUUGUUGGAGGACAUGCAAAAGCAUAGCGCUGGGAAGCCACGCCCGUUCGACGUCAUUGCGGACGACAGUCGCACCGAUCUGGAUAAUAUAGUGCCCGUAUUCCUUACGUUUGGUUCGUCAAUUUGCCACCAGAUGUCUUUGGUAGAGCGGUGCAUGUCUUCAGUGGACGGGUUUUGCGUUGAGGCCUCCACUGCGAGCACGUUAUCAAAGUUCCCGUGGGCCAACAUAACGGUCCAGAUGGCACUCACUUUCUGCUUGCUCAAUCUCAGAGACCGGCUAGUAGAUUAA